AUGCUUGUCAAGCACUGGACUGGCAAAUUCAAGGGUAUGGAUACUGGAAAAGAAGACUAUCAGAUAGCUGAUCAUAUAUGGGCCAAAAUCGGAGAAGAAACUGCUGCUGCGAUCAUAAACAUACCUGCUGCAUUUGUCCGAGUCCUCGGCAAUAUCGCAGAUGAUCACUCAAGCUUCACAGCUGAAUCAUGGUCAUUCUGGAUCAUUUACCUUGCCCCGACACUCCUGCGCAGUUGCUUUCUGAAUGCAAAAUACCACAAGCACCUUUGCGAGUUGGUGUGGAUCAUGAAAAAAACACUACAGUUCUUGAUCACACAUGCAGAGAUUGAUGAAUUGGAAUGGCGAAUUGCAAACUGGGUGGUCAAGUAUGAAAAGUACUACUAUCAGCACAAUGAGUCAAGAUUACCAGCCUGCACUCUUCCAAUUCACGGAAUGCUUCAUAUUGCCGAUGACAUUCGUCAAUGCGGACCUGUGUGGACCACAUGGACAUUCUUCCUGGAGCGCUAUUGUCAGAAAUUCAAAAUAGCACUAAAGUCAAGAGUUCAGCCUUGGGGAAACCUCAACAAAGAAGUUCUAUACAUGAUGUACCUUCAGCAAGUGGUCCUUCGGUAUGAUGUCCAAGAGGAAGUGUCUCUAAGUAUUCGGCAGGACUGGUCCCAGCUAACAACACACGAGACUAUUUUCAAAGAUUUGACCUCAUAUGAACCUGACCGCAAUGAGCAGGCAAAAGUUGUGUUGUAUAUCAAGCAACUCAUUGGUGGAAGGCAAACAGUAAUUCUCGCACAUCUUCCAACUGUGAUGGCACUCUGGAAAAAAGUUCAUAUCCAAAAUGGUGGAGACAGUAUUUGGACACACAGUGCCACCAGGGCAUCCAAAAAGCAAAGAAACUCCUCAUAUGUUCGAGUGAAUCUGAACUUGACAAAGUUACUUAUUUGGUUGGUGCAGUAUGGUCAUCUUGAGAAGAUAUUAGUUUGCCUGUUGUCAGACAACACUCAAUGGCUAGGGCUCACUGGCAAGACUCUUCUGCUUGCUCUCAUUCGACCAUGCCAGACCGGAGGUAGAGAUGCUACCGAGGAGGAAACACGAGUUGUAGGAAGGGUUGAAAGUCGUGGGGAAUGGACUAUCAUUGACUGCAGAAGCAACUUCGCAAAACCAGCCUUCAAUGGUGCUGGGUAUAAUACAGAUGAAAGUGAGGUGGAGUAG